GAGAGCAGGCCAUCGUUUGAGUGCUGAACUAACUCCUACAUCUAUGCCAACGAUCAAGGGAUAAACCUGAUCAUGGCUGUGCGAUAAGGACUAGCUGACUAAGUCAUGUACACCUGUACACUAACACCAUCGAAGCCCCCAAUAUAUACCGUACGUGCGAGGCUAAACCCCCAAAUCCGUCUCAAAUCCCUCCGGCCGCCGGUUGCCGGGUAUGAAGGAGAAGGCGGCGGCGGCGGCGGCACCCGCAGUCAAGAGGCGCGAGUCCGGUGGAGCGGGCGGAAGGAGGCCACGGAAGCGGGCACGGGAUGGCAACGUCGAAGGUGAUCCCCCAAGCCACGGCGAUCUCAUCAGCCGCCUCACCGAUGACAUCCUCGGCACCAUAAUCUCGCUCCUCCCCACCAAGGACGGCGCUCGCACGCAGAUCCUCGCCCGCCGGUGGCGCCCGCUCUGGCGCUCAUCCCCUCUCAACCUCGAGGCCAACUACGGUCUCUGCCCCAACGAGUUCAAGCUCUUACCACUUGUCUCCAAGAUCCUCUCCAAACACCCUGGCCCUGCCCGCCGCUUCCGUUUCUACAUCCGCCUUCACAAAGCCAAAAAAAGAUUCGCCGAAGAAGCCGCUCAGAUCGAGAGUUGGUUCCGUUCUCCAGCCCUCUCAAACCUUCAGGAUCUUGACAUUAGCUUCUCCCUCCUGGACUACACAGAUGAGAAGCGUUACCCCCUGCCACCAUCGGUGUUUCUGUGCGCAUCAACCCUUGUAGUGGCUAGAAUGAGCUUCUGCGAUUUCCCAAAGGAAAUCCCUCCUUCGCUCAGUUUUCCCUUCCUCAAGCAGCUCACCUUGGAGCGCCUUUCUAUAUCUCGGGAUAUCUUCCAUGCUGUACUCUCUUCCUGCGAUGUCUUGGAGUCACUCUACUUAGAGGAAAUUCAUGGUGAUGUGGGUUGCCUGUGCAUUAGCUCACCGACACUUAGAGCACUUGGCCUUUGCGCUUGUUUUCCAGGGACCGGGGAAAUUGUCAUUGAGGACGCCCCUCUCCUUGAAAGGCUGCUACUACCUUGUCCAGAAGAGGGUCGUGAGACUAUCGAGACUAUCCGGGUAGUUAGGGCACCUAGUUUGCAAAUAUUGGGCCCAUUGUCGCCCCACAUCUCUGAAAUCAAGAUUGCAAGCCUACACUUCAAGAGUUUAACCCCGGCCAGCUUGAAGAAUACAAUAACCACUGUGAAGAUUUUGGCUCUUGACUUUUCUGUCCCAGAUUUGAAUGCUGUUAUUGACGUCUUAAGGUGCUUCCCGUGUUUGGAAACGCUCUAUGUCACUUCGUGUGAAUACUUAAAGAUGCCACUGAAAGAUGGGCGUGAGUAUGACCCACUAGAUCCGGUGAAAUGUCUUGAGACACAUCUAAAAAAAUUAGUGAUGGACGAUUAUAAUGGCGAUGAGCAAGAUAUUGGCUUUGCCAAGUUCUUUGUUUUGAACGCGAAAGUGCUAAAGGAGAUCAGACUACAAGUCCACGAGAAGGUCAACAAGGAAUGGGUGUCUGAUCAAUACAGGCUGCUAGAAGUUGGAACUAGAGCUUCUGAAGAUGCACAAUUGGAAUUCAUACGAUGUGACUCUAGGUCUUUGAAUGCUCAUGAUUUGUCAAUUGCUGAUCCCUUCUCCGCCUAUAUUUUGAAUGGAGUAGAUGCGACUUCAGAUGAAUAGUACCCAGGCGUCUACAACUCUCCAUUGUGUUCGGUCUAGAACUAAAGAAUUUAUUGCCUUUUUAGCUUGUUACGUAGACAAUGUUGGUGUUCCAAGGUUGUGUGAUGUCUUUUGUCAAAAUCGUUAAAUUGGAUAUUGCUGUUCCAAUUCCAGUUUAAUGUCCUUUGUAGUUCCCAGCAGGUUAUCUCAUGCAAACAGUGUCCUUUGUAGCUUUCAUUUGUCGAAGUAUGGAUGCUUUCUACCUUCUUA